GACCCAUGGGAUAGCAUCCGCAACUCGGAGCGCCAUCUUGUCAAAGGAAGGAUUUAUUUUAUAGAUAGCCUUAAGAUUAUUAUAUUCUACGAACCUGUUUUAUAGGACUCUCCAGUCAUUAUGACUGCUCAAGAGCAAAUGAAGAAGAUGUUAGAUGAAUUGAUGGGCACGAAAAGAGAUGGCGGCUAGCCAUCUUAUCAAUGAUUAUUUCUUGAUCAAGUCAGUGGAGUCGUAAGUAGGUAGACGUGCUGCCAGUGAGGUUGAUAUAAAGUUUACUAAUGAAAAGGUUUGCAAGAGCUAUCUUAUGGGGCUUUGUCCACACGAGCUUUUCAACAACACGAAAUUCCAAAUCUUAAAGCAGAAGAUGGACUUGGGCACUUGUCAAAAGAUACACAAUCCAGCUUUAAAAGCAGACUUUGUAGAAGCCUCCAAAAAGAGAGAUUAUGGUUAUGAUAUAGAUCAAAUGGAGUACCUGAAGUCAUUUAUCAAUGACUGUGAUCGUAAAAUCCAGAUUGCCAAGAAAAGACUAGAAGACACCCAAGAUGAAUGGGAUGAUUCAGAAGAG